AUGGAAACAUCCACGCAAUUUCGUUAUCAACCUCUACCCACCAGCAGCUCCAUCAGGCUCCUCCGAAUUCGCGAAUUCGUUUCCACCUUAGAUUAUGACCUUGUCGAGGUCGAUCUUGAAACUAACCCUGUUUACGAUGCGCUGUCUUAUACCUGGCAUCUGAAGGAACAAUCAAGCACGACAUCCGGAGUUGAUUCAGAGUGUGGAGGCUCCAUCAACUGCAAUGGGAUGAAGCUUGAUGUCACUGCCAACCUUCGAGAUGGCUUGCUUCGCCUGGAGCAUCUUCGCCAGAACACACUCAUCUGGAUCGAUGCCAUCUGCAUCAAUCAGCAGGAUCUAGAAGAGCGCAGCGCUCAGGUCAACAUGAUGGGCCGCAUCUUCCACUCUGCACGCACAGUGGUGGUCUGGCUUGGGGAGCCGAGGAGUGGCCCUAAUGUGCAGACUGUCGAAGAGACCAUCAAAUUCAUGGAGAGGCUGCCCCGCAUCAAGGAGCGGCAGUCUGAAAGUGUGUCAGACUACGAGGCCACCGCAGUCGCGGCACUGCGUGAGAUGGCCCUCACCACCCACACCAGUGACUGGCUUUGCCUCGGUGAAUUCUUCUACCGGUCAUGGUUUAAACGGUGUUGGAUCAUCCAAGAAACGGUCCUCGCUAGUAUCAUCGAGGUCUAUUAUGGACCAACCUAUAUCCCCUGGGCACUGCUGCAGAACGCUGCACGGCUCCUCGACGUGGCCCGCCGCCUGUCCUUUUACUCCCAAUUGUGGCGGGAGCAAAAGAUGGCCAUCUUCGGCUCAAUCCCCAUGAUACUACUUGCACGUGAAUACUACCACCGCGGCAAGCUCUGGCGGCUUGAGACGCACCUCGCACUCAGUCGCACCUACCAGGUCACCGACCAACGUGACAAGAUCUAUGCGCUACUUGGUAUAUCGGAUAGGUCGUCGUUGGAGUCACCAGUGGUGGAACUCAGCACGUUCAACGCGGAUUACACUAAAUCUAUUGAGCAAGUCUAUACUGAGUGCACCGUACACUUGGUUGAGGGUCAGGCAGGGCUUUCUGUCCUCUCCAUGGUGGAAGCCCGCUCAUACCCUGCACCUCGCCCCAUCCCGUCGUGGGUGCCGGACUUCAGCGUUCCACCAAACCCCCCACCACUCGCAAUCCACGGAGAGUGUCCCUUCUCCGCGGGUGGUUCAGCUGGUCCCAGACCUACUGUCUCCCCUGACAGGAAAGAACUGCACCUCCCUGCCGCUGUACGACUGGGCCGCAUUUCCCGCACGUCGGAGACUGGGGAAGAGAUAUAUUCCCUUGAGCGCAUGACACAUUUCUUCCGCCUGCUUGCUGAUCCAGCCCUGCGUCUCGCCAAACCUGCGACCCCAGCAGCAGCAGAGGCCCUAUGGCGCACCCUCAUCGGCGACCUCGCUGAGGAUCAGCACCCCGCGCCUGCCUCCCUUGGUGUAUCAUUUAACCAAUGGGUCACCUACCUCGUCAUCCGCGCUCUCGACACUGCUUCCCACGCUUCUACCCAUGCCGCUGAUCAUUUCCCAGAUGGAGAGUCUCCACCUGAGCCCAUCCCUAUCUUCAACUCUUCUGUGCACAGGGCCCGGCUGGAGGUGACGCGCAGGUUUGCGGGAACGUUCUUGCGAAUGUGUUCUGCCAGGCGUGUGUUCAGCACAGAGCAGGGGGGCCUGGGAAUUGCACAUCAAGGUGCGAGGGUUGGGGAUGAAGUGGUGAUAGUGCCUGGAGCAGCUGUGCCGUUUGUGGUGAGGGAGAUUGAGAGCGGGGUGUAUGUCCUGAUUGGGGAAGCAUUCGUGCAUGGAGUCAUGGACGGGGAGGCGCUAGAGGGGAAGGAUCCAUUGGAUUUGAAGGGUCUGCGCGUGGUGUGA